GUAAAAUAUUGCGCGAUGACUGUUGGUACACAACGAAUCUCGUGAUUUAUGCCAGCAGCCAGCGACUAACUCCCGCGGACACCCACCCCGAUGCCGACGAACUGCUGAUACAGCGGCCCAGAAAGCAGAAAAACCGCGACCUGAGAGCAAGUAGUGUGACGCAGUGAUGGAGGACCCUGAGGAAGUGGUGACCAACCCGCGACGUCGGCAGGACGAGGAGGAUGAUGUGUCCUGCUGCAGUCCGGCCCACCUGUGCAGCAGGGCCCUCGCGUUGCUGCUCAUGUGCAUCCUCGGAUUUGGUUCGUACUUCUGCUACGACAAUCCUGCCGCGUUGCAGGACUACUUCAAGCAUGACCUACAGCUGACCACGACGGAAUUCGUCUACCUUUAUUCGUGGUACUCGUGGCCGAACGUCGUGCUCUGCUUUGUGGGCGGAUUUCUCAUCGACAGAGUUUUCGGAAUCCGGCUGGGAACCGUAAUUUACGCAUUCCUCGUGGUGGUUGGCCAACUUGUCUUCGCCCUCGGGGGCUAUUUGGGCAAGUUUUGGCUCAUGGUCGUCGGCCGAUUUAUUUUCGGCAUUGGUGGCGAGUCUUUGGCCGUGGCGCAGAACAACUACGCAGUGCUAUGGUUCAAAGGCAAAGAGCUGAACAUGGUGUUCGGCCUGCAGCUGAGCUUCGCCCGCGUCGGCUCCACGGUCAACUUCAACGUGAUGGAGCCGCUCUAUGGCUGGGUCAGCCACUACUACCACGGAUACACCUGUCUCGGUGUCGUCCUCUUCAUAGCGGCGACAACGACGCUUCUGUCACUUAUCUCGGCGUUGAUACUUACGGUGCUGGACAAGCGCCGAGAGCGGCACAUCGGACAAAACUCAGUGGGCGGCACGGAGGAGGUGGUGCGGCUGAGCGACGUCCGAUACUUCCCCGUCACCUUCUGGCUCGUUGCCGGCAUCUGCGUCUCGUACUACCUCGCCAUUUUCCCCUUCAUCGCCCUUGGAAAGGUGUUCUUCAUGCGCAAGUUUGAAAUGGACCCGAAGGACGCGAAUUUCGUGAACAGCCUGGUGUUCAUCAUCAGCGCGGUGGCGUCGCCGCUGCUGGGUCUGCUCGUGGACAAGGUGGGCCGCAACGCCUUCUGGGUGUUGGUGUCGGUCGUGUCGACGCUGGGCUGCCACGCGCUGCUCGCCUUCACCUUCCUCAACCCCUACAUCGCCAUGGUGGGCAUGGGCGUGUCCUACUCGAUGCUGGCCAGCGCCCUCUGGCCCAUGGUCGCCCUGGUCAUCCCUGACCACCAGCUCGGCACCGCCUACGGAAUAGCACAAGCCGUGCAGAACCUGGGACUGGCCCUGGUCACCAUGCUGGCCGGAGUGAUCGUCGACAAGGGAGGAUACCUCCUGCUCGAGAUGUUCUUCCUCGGCUGGCUUUGCGUGGCGCUGUUGAUCAGCAUUCUAAUUUUGAUCAUCGACUCGAACGGCGACGGCCUUCUAAACAUGAGUGCCAGCCAACGUGAGGCGUGGGAGACGCAAAGAAGUGAACAAGCCGAUUUGGAGCGCGAAAAACUGCUUGCAUCAGGCGCAAUGGCGGACGUUUCGCCUCAGGACCAGCUGCAGCGUUCCGACUUCCACAUCCGCAACAGGUUCCUCUCCCGGAUCGGAGCUCCGCUUCCGGAGCAUUGCCAAAGAGGCCGGCGGUACCAAGCACUCCGCUGAACUAUAUUUUCCGGAUUUUAUUCAACCGAGUUGAACGUACAGCAAGUACAGUUUGUAAAUUACUGUGUCAUACAAUUCAAGAAAAAGACAGGCGCUAAUUUCAUAAAUAUUGUUUUUCAUCUUAUUUAUUCAGUUUUAUACACUAGAAUCUUUACAAAAAUUAUGGAGAGUGAAAAUAUUUUCAAAGGCUGUAGCAUACGACAAAUAUAUAAUAUAUUAUGUACCAUUCACUACA